UGUAGGACAGAUUUUAAUAAGUCUAUAAUCUCCGACUUAAGAGGCAUUAUCUUGUGUUUUAAUUUUGGGUAAUUUGUGCAAUUAAUAUUGAAAUCAUGAUGUCAAAUCGUUUUAAGAAGAUGUUUGAUAAUUUGGAGAAAAAACCAGAGACUGAAAAGUUAUCAAUAGAUUUUAUAGACGACAUUGGUACUGAAAUAGCAUUAGCAAAGAAUGGUUCAUCAGACCAAAUAGAACAGGACUGUAAUACUUCUUUUAAUUCUAUAAACGACGAAUCUUCAUUUUUUGUGAAACCACAAGAGUUCAUUCUACAAUUUUUCAUAACAGAAAUCAUGGUGGAUUCAUCUGAUACAGCCAAUAAUUUUCAGUUUGUUGAUUUAAAUGAAGCUACUAUAAUGUCAGCUCCUGUUGUUAUAUCAACGGCUGAAUAUGAAGCUACAAAUUUUAAUAUACAAAGCAAACAAUGUGCUGCAUUGUCACCACUAAUAUGCAAUUACGAUGAUGAUGGGUUAAUUCCAGUCAGUGACCCCGCCCAUCCCAUUGCUGAUCAUGAAGAAAUUAAUCCCCAAAUACCUUUGAAAGAUAAGGAUGCCUUAGUUAAAGAUCCUGAUUAUAAUACAGAGGAAGAGUUUGAAUCAGAUGAUAGUUUGGAACAAGAACACAUUCUUUUAAAUAAUAAUGAUAGAGGGGAUGGAAAUUCUAGAGAGAGAAAAGCGAAAGAAAAAUCUAGAAAGAGAAAGUGAAGUAAAGAAAAUUGGCCCCGCUUCAUAAGAAAGCAAAAACGAAAUAUCCAGCACGUUCCCUACAAACUCCAUGUACUGAGAAAUGUAAACAAAAAUGCAUUACAAAAAUAUCAGAAAAUUUAAGAAAGGAAAUUCUUACAUCCUUUUGGGAGUUGGGCGACAUAGCUCGACAAAGGCAAUUUAUUUGCGCUAAUACAGAUCCAAUUAAACCUAAAUACCAGUAUUUAAAGGAGAAUAGUCAAAGAAAGAACUGCACACAAGCCUAUUAUUUUGACAUCAACAAUGAAAAAAUUCGAGUUUGCAAGAAGUUUUUUAUGAGCACUUUAAACAUUGGUGAUACUACCAUUCGAACGGCUCUUAAAAAAACCAGUGAUAAAAAAAUAGUUAACAGUGAUCUACGUGGUAAACACAGGAAUCAUAAAAAACUGGACCCUGCAUUAUAAAAGCCGGCAUAAGAAAACAUAUUGGGUCAUUGCCCACAGUAGAAUCUCAUUAUUUGCGACAACAAACAACAAGAACCUUUAUAGAAGGAAGUCUAACACUUGCGACGCUAUACCGUGACUAUAAACGUGAAUGUGAAGAGGCAAACAAACCUUUUGUCAUUUUUGUGCAUUUAUGAAAAAAUAUUUAACUUUGAAUACAAUAUUGCAUGGCACCAACCAAAAAAAACCAAUGCAGUACCUGUGAAAGGUAUGCCAAUUUUUCUUUUGAAGAAAAAGUUCAGCUUCAAAGUGAAUACGACAAACACGUUGAUGACAAAAAUAAAGCUACACAAGAAAAAGAGAUUGAUGUGUCAAAUGCCUUACAAGAUUCAACUAGUCAAGUCCUUACCACACCUUGCUCACAAGUCUCAGACUUUUAUUACAAAAGUAAAUUGGCGACAUACAAUUUCACAAUUUUUAAUAUUGGUAGCAAAUAGGUUUCAUGCUAGGUACGUUUGGUCAGAGAAUAUUGCAAAGCGCGGUGCAAAUGAAAUUGGAAGUUGUAUUCUGCAAUUCCUAGAAAGAAACUGCCAAGAAAAACAUGUUACUUUUUAUUCUGACAACUGCGCCGGGCAGAAUAAAAAUAAGUACAUUGCUAGUUUGUAUUUAUAUCCCUUUCCUCUUUCCUCGAAAUUCAAUCGAUAACGCAUAAAUUUUUGGUAACAGGUCAUACACAAAAUGAAGGCGAUAGUAUGCACUCAUGCAUUGAAAAAGAAAAAAAACGUUUGUUAAAAGGUGGACCUAUUUUUAUCCCUUCUCAGUGGAUUCCUGUGAUUCAAGGUGCAAAAAAAAGGGGAAAACCCUAUUAUGUAAAAGAAAUGGAUCAAUCUGAAAUGUUUCAUCUUCAAAAAUUAUCUACUGAUAUAGGUUUAAAUUUUAGCACUGAUACUGAUAAAAUAAAGGUCAAGUGGACCGAUAUAAAGGUAAUUAUGACAAAUAAGGGUAAGCCUGAUAGUUUGUUCUUUAAAUACGAAUAUGGAGAUGAUGUUCCGUACAGCGAAAUACAAGUUGGAAAUAAUGUUUCUUUAAGAUCAAGCAAAUGAAAAACUAAAAUUGACAGAAAAUUUAGUGGCAAAUUGUUGCCAGCUUAUUCUGAAGAACUAAAAAUUUCCAAACAAAAAAAAGAUGGACUUUUAACGCUUUGCCAAAAAAACUUAAUUCCUAAGCCCCACCAUACUUUUUUUAUGAAUUUACUUAGUGAGUAAAAAUUUAUAUUUUGUAUUUUUUUUCGCAAAGGGAUGUUCUGUAUUACUUUCUAAAAUGUUAUUUGUAUUACCUUGAAUAAAAGUUUUGUUUAUUUAA